UCUCUGUGUACCAGCGAAAACUCAAAUCCACACUGAGAGAGAAAUGUAAAAGAAUUAAUGAAGGAAUCUCACAGCCUGGAAGCUCAGCACUUCUGAAUGAAAUCUACACAGAUCUCUAUAUCACAGGUUGGAGUGGAGACGUCAAUAAUGAACAUGAGGUGAGACAGAUUGAGUUAGCGUCCAGGAGACCAGCAGCACAGGAGACACCCAUCAAAUGUAAUGACCUCUUUAAAGACAAGUCCAUCAGAAGAGUGCUGACUAAAGGAGUUGCUGGAAUUGGAAAAACAGUCUCUGUGCAGAAGUUCAUUCUGGACUGGGCUGAAGGAAAAGCAAAUCAGGACAUCAUCUUCAUGUUUCCACUUCCCUUUAGAGAGCUGAAUCUGAUCAAGCAGGAAAAUCUCAGUCUGAUUAAUCUUCUUCAUUACUUUUUCCCAGAAAUAAAAGAGUUACAAUUAAUAGACUGUGAGAUCAACAAGUCCUGUUCAUCUUUGAUGGUCUGGAUGAGUGUCGACUUCCUCUAAAUUUCCAGAAGAAUGAGAGAUUGUGUGAUGUAACAGAGUCAGCCUCAGUGGAUGUGCUGUUGACAAACCUCAUCAAGGGGAAUCUGCUACCCUCUGCUCUCCUCUGGAUAACCACUCGACCAGGAGCAGCCAAUCAGAUCCCUCCUGAGUGUUUAGACCAGGUAACAGAGGUACGAGGGUUCAGUGAUCCUCAGAAAGAGGAGUACUUCAGGAAGAGGAUCGUGAUCAGAGGAUGGUUGAUAAAAUCAUCUCACACAUGAAGUCUCACACAAGAAGCCACUACAUCAUGUGCCACAUCCCAGUCUUCUGCUGGAUCUCAGCCACUGUUCUAGAGAGAAUGUUGGGUGGAGCAGAGAGUGGAGAAAUCCCCAAGACUCUGACUCAAAUGUUCACACACUUCCUGAUCUUUCAGAUCGAACACAGGGACCAAAAGUACCAUCAGGAAUUUGACCCUGAUCCUCAGCAGACCAGGGAGAGUAUCCUGGCACUGGGAAAACUGGCUUUCCAACAGCUGGAGAAAGGAAACCUGAUCUUCUAUGAGGAAGACCUAAGAGAGUGUGGUAUUGAUGUCAGAGAAGUGUCAGUGUACUCAGGAGUGUGUACCCAAAUCUUCAGAGAGGAGUUUGGGAUUCAUCUGGGGAAGGUGUUCAGCUUUGUACAUCUGAGUGUUCAGGAGUUUCUGGCUGCUUUAUAUGCAUUUCUCUCCUUCAUUAACAAAAAGAUUGCAAAAGAACAAACCUGGUCUGAUCUUUUCACCAAGUCAAACAUGUCUGAUUUCCUGAGGAGUGCAGUGGACAAGGCCUUACAGAGUGAGAAUGGACACCUGGACCUGUUCCUCCGCUUCCUUCUGGGUCCCUCACUGGAGUCCAAUCAGACUCUCUUACGAGACCUACUGCCCCAGGCAGGAAGCAGCUCUCACAGCAAAGAGGAAACAGUCGAGUACAUCAAGAUGAUGAUCAGGAAGAAUCCAUCUCCAGAGAAAUCCAUCAAUCUGUUCCACUGUCUGAAUGAACUGAAUGAUCAUUCUCUAGUGCAGGAAGUCCAACAUUACCUGAACAGAAGAGAUUCCUGGUGUCUCCGUGGAGUCAGUCUCUCUCCUGCCCAGUGGUCAGCUCUGGUGUUUGUGUUGCUGAACUCAGAAGUGGAUCUGGAUGUGUUUGAUUUGAGGAAAUAUUAUGGCUCAGAGGAAUGUCUUCAGAAGCUGCUGCCAGUGGUCAAAACCUCCAGAAAAGCUGUGUAG